UCUUGCCCAUAUGUCACACUCUCUCUCUCCGUCACUCUCUCCCGUCGUGCCUCUCUCUUUGUCGCUGUGACUCUCUGGGUCGUCGUCACUGUGUCGGACGUCGUUACUCUCUCUGACGACGUGCUUCUGUAUCUGUCGCCGUGGUUGUCUCUCUCGCAGCGUCUGGAAUCGCCGCUGCUCUCUGUGUCGUCGUAAAUACUCGUCGUGGCUUGUCGUGGCUGGCUCGCUCUCUCGUCUCUAUCUCUCUCCAGCGUCUGUAGUCCGUGUUCUUGUCAUUCGUAGGUUCUGCAUUAAGCUCCAACUGUAAGAAGCUUGAUAAACUCCGAAGCUUGACACAGGAAACCUGCGAAAAUGAGUUGAGUUCGACUGAAUAUCUUCAUGGGAGGUGAGUUCGACGAAUCAGAAGGCAGAGUAUAUUACUUGGGUGGGCUCGAACCAGUAGAAGUUGUAGUUGAUAUUGAUAAGAUAUCAUGGUUCUUCUUCGAAGAAUAUGUUAGGUUUCUUAAACUAGGAACUAAUAUCAAGGAGUUAUGGUAUAAAAAGUUGACUAAAUCUUUGGAUAAUCGGAGGGUAGUGAGAGAAGAAUUCAGGGAUAUUGACCUCGAGAAUAUGAUUUGCUUUGCGAGAGAAUGUGGCGAGUUAGAUGUUUAUGUGGAGCAUCAAUUAUCACAACCAGUUUGUGGAGAUACACUUGUUGAUGUUAAUGUUGAAGAGGAACUGCCUCGAGAUAUGAAUGUUGAUGCAGAGGAAUCUAGAGAUCAAAUCUAUGUUGGAGAUUUAGGUGGAUAUAAUAGUGAUGAAGAUGUUGAUUUUGCUGUUGAUUCUAGUUCUGAUGGUAGAAUAAGUGACGAUGAUGAUUCCUGUUUAGGUGAUACUCUUGGUAGUUCGGAUGAUGAUUUUGUAGAAGAAAUCCCAGUGAGAGUAGGUUUAGAAUCUGAUGUUGUGGUUGAUGAAGUGGAUGAUGAUGUUUCGACAGAUGAGUAUUUGGAUAGUGAUUGUUAUAUCCCUCUUACACCAGAAGGUAGUGAUGAAGAAUGUCAAGAAGUUGAUCAGCCUAGGAGAAAGCCAGUCGCAUUUCCAUCAGAUGAUUUGUUGCAUCUUGGAAAGACAUUCAAUUCGAGGGACGAAUUUAAAAGGGCUUUAUUAGAUUAUGCGUUGAAAAAACACUUCAAUGUGAAGAUGGAUAGGUGGGAAAGGACUAAAGUAGGUGCUAAAUGUUGUACGAAAGGUUGCCCUUGGAGGGUAUACUGUUCGGUUGAAGUUCCCAUCAACAAAUGGAUGGUAAAGAUUUACAAGGAUGGACACAACCAUGAUUCCGAUACAUAUAUUAAUUUAUUCACCAUGAGACAAAUUGCAAAGGAAUAUGCAGAGAGGUUUAGGAGAGAACCAGAUUGGAAAGCUGAAAAGUUGCAGAUUGCAAUUCUAGAAGAUCAUGAUGUGAACGUCCCAAUCAGUAAGUGUUUUAAGGCUAGGCGUAUGGCGUUGAAAAUGGUCAUGGAAGAUCCCUCUGUUCAGAUUGCUAAGCUUUGGGACUAUGAAUUAGAAUUGCGUAGGUCAAACCUGAAUACAACAACCGAGGUCACGACAAAAAUAGUUAAGACGGGUACCCAAGUCUUUCACAGUUUCUACUACGUAAGUUUUGAAUUUCUGCGGGACACAUGGAAAAACCAUUGUCGACCUGUAAUUGGUUUAGAUGGUUGCUUCUUGAAAUGGGAAAUGAAAGGGGAAUUGUUAGCCGCUGUCGGAAGGGAUGCAAAUAACGGAAUGUACCCUAUAGCAUGGGCUGUAGUUCGGGUUGAAAGUAUUGAAUCGUGGAAUUGGUUCAUCCGAAAAUUGAAAUUAGAUUUGGGAUUAGGUGAUGGACGUAACUUGACAAUAUUGUCCGACAGACAAAAGGAUGAAGCAUCGAGCAGCAAUACACCACGGUCGACGAACAAUGCACAACGGUUGACGAGCAAUGCACCACGUAAACGGAGUCAACAAGGACCAUUGGCAUCCAAUGAACCUCCAACCCAAAGUCUUAACUCCGCUGAAGGGAGUAUUAUUCCAAUUCAAUCGAGUCAGACCGUACAAUCUGGGAUGCCUUUGAACAAUAGACGUCGUCUUCUCCUCGGGAUGUCGUCUACCAAUAUCGGAAGUACAACAAGUCGACAACAUCCAUUCACUAUACCUAGACAAGUGAAUUGUUCCAACAAUAGUAAUGCCGGGUAGGUUUAUCCUAUUAACUGUGGCUAGAAAAUUGGCUCCUAACAUGAUUUUCCCUUGCAUAUCACUUGGAGAUCAAUCUCAUGGAACUUGAUGACCAAGCGUUUUGGUUCGGAUUUUUUUUUGUAACGUGGAUGGCCUACCUGUGAUGUUGUCUUGAACUUAUGGUUAUGGUUUCUUGUCCUUUUUUUUGGUUGUCUUGAACCUGGAUCACUUAUAUUAUGUUGAUCAUCUGUUGGGAUUUUAUUUGUAACGUGGCUCACUUGUAUUAUGCUGGUCAUGUCAUGGUAAUGUCUUUUUGCAAAACAUUCAGGGUUUGUUACGUGAUUCGGUUAUAUUGGUCAAUGUGAAGGAUAAAUGAUAUGAUA